AUGGGAUACCAAAAUUCGACGUUCCCGUUAGCUAUUUACGGUUGCCUCGAUACAGCAAGCAGGAAACUGCUUUGGUUACGCGUCUGGACAUCAAACUGUAACCCCAAGGUGGUUGGACGGUGGUAUCUCGAUUAUCUUUAUGAGACAAGGGUGAUACCUGCAAUGUUAAGAGUAGACAGGGGCUCAGAAACUGGGAUAAUGGCUACUAUGCAUGCGUUCUUACGAAGACAUCAUGGUAACAUGGAGCCAAGUGAAACUGUUGUUUACGGGCCGUCAACGGCAAACCAGGUAACUUAUGUGUCGGUACACCUGUACUUUGUAGACAUAGAACAGUGUAAGAUUGUAAUGUUUUGCCAGAUGAGAGUAAUCAUUGAUCGUUUAUUGCGACAGUGCUGUUUCAGAAAUGCAAGCUUUACCACCUGUGUUUAAUGUUAUGGACUAUAAUCUCUGGGCAACUGAAAGGGAAUUGAAAGGCUUACAUCAUGUAUUCAUGCAGCUUUAAACUACUUAUUAUAAGAGAAUUAUAUGUUCAACAGUUAGUGCUCAGGAGCCCUUGAUGAGCCCUUAGGGUUGUGUAGUAAAGACUACAGACCACCCUGAAAAUAACGCUCUUUUUUUCAAGAUGGUUUCAUGCUGUCCUAAAUAUUUAAAAUUAUUUAAAAUGGUUUUAAAAGGUUAACUUACACAAAGGCAUCCUUAUUGUGUUGGCCUUUGUAGUCUCACUAAAACACACUAUUUUAAGGAUGCUUAAAUUACUCCUCUAUGGGUUCUGUCAGUCUGAGGUCCAAAUAUCCAUUUUUUUCAUUGUGUAGUUCUAGAAAAUAUCCAUACUUCUUCCACAGUUCAAGGGAUUUGAACUUGUGAAAUCCAGGGUGCCCCAUAUAUGAUUUGUAUGAAAAAACAAAGGUUUUCUCGUCACCCAAGAGCAAAAGUUAGGUGCCACAGGCCACCGAGCUCUGCUAGAGUACAGCCCUGGGGGAGGAAUGGAUAAUUUUUUGAAACCACACAUUAUAAAAAACAUUUAUGGUUAAUACUGAGAACAUUAUUUUCAAGUCAACAUCAGUUGUGUAUGUUUAGCUCAUGUUGCUAUCUAUUGUAGAACUCCAUGCCUGAUAUAUUCACCUGCCAACUACUACAUUUUCCUGUCCCAUUUAAUUUAAUCAUAGAGUGAACGAUGGUGGAGAGAGUUGCAUUAGCGUAUGGAAAAAUACUAUAAAGAUCAUUUGUAUUGGCUCAGGGACCAAGGUCAUUAUGACCCACACAAUGAUAAAGACAGGUACACCUGAUUCACUGUGCAUUACAUGAGCAUAAUAUUUUUACAGACUCUGGAGAGUUGCCUUUACCUGUCACUGAUGUAAUCUACUAGCAAACUGUCAAUCAACCUAAAUUUUCUAAUAGAACUGUAAAAUUCAAUAAUAAUAACAUUUAUUUAUACUGCGCAAAUUCAACUAUACUGUUUUCAAAUGCCCUUAUUGCAUCAAUUCAAAAAAUGAUUUGAAUGAAAGAAAAUUAGAUAAUAAUUAUUAUUAUACAUUGUAGUCACCAUCUGUCUUCUCAUUGGCUAAAAGCCUACAGUUAAUUCUGGGAAACAGCGCAACCUACAGACCUACAGAUUAGUGAAUAAUCUGUAGGUUGCGCGCGCAAUGCAUGAUUUCCAAGAGCAAUGUCAAGUGCACGGACAGCAAUGUCAAGUUCGCGGACAGCAAAGUAAGAAUGGCUUCUCGAUUCGCUUCUAAAAUUUGUUUAUCACUCAGUUGUACAUUUUUAAGUGUUUGAAAAUAAACUGUGAUCGCUGCGAUAAUGCGUUUGUCGUUAUUUUCUUCAAAACAAUGUAUAAUAUAACAAUUAUUAGAUUCGGUUUUUGUGAUAUCCGGAAUAAUCAAGGUCUCUGUUAGUGUAUCAGCCGAAGCCGAAGGCUGAGGCUGAUAACACUUACCUCGACUUUGAUUAUUCUGGAUAUCACAAAAACCUCAUCCAAUAAUUGUUUACAAUUAAAAAAGGACAAGCCUGUUACCAAGUACAGCUUUGUACUUAUGUUGGUCAAAAGCACUUUUGAACAGAAGUUAGUUUCGUCCCUGCCAAGGCCAAAUUGGUGUCAGUAAAUUACUGCAAGUAAUAUUUGUGGCGUGAAUGGUUGAGAAAUGUUCCAUAUUAAUCCCUUUUUUUGUGUUAACACACAUCCACAGUACAGUGCACUUCAAUGAAGAAGCUUGGUUUAAAGCUUUGUGGCAAUUUUAUUUUUUGGUGUUUCCAUCUAAUAAUUUAGGAAGCUUCUGGCUUUCAUCAUGAUACCACUAAUACAGAAAGAUCUGGAUGUCUUCAGGGAGUCAGUUUGGAACACACAUAGGAUCCGUGCUCAAAAAGACACAAUACUUCCAGAUGGCAUUCCCAACCACAUCUACAGUUUCCCAGAACAGUAUGGCCUGGAAGAGUGUGGUAUGUUUAGAACACCAAAUAACCUUAAUGCACAAUGGAGUUUGUAUUUUGUUUUUCGUGAGGUCUUCAUCCCAAUUUAGAUGGUAAUGCUUCCACAAAGUUAGCAUGAGCUACUGUGGCAAACAGUUUUAAUCAAGUUUCUCAUAAAUCAUUCGAAGUAUGUCUUAAGUGAAUUUCUCUAGCUUUGGAGGUUGUUUGAUUAAUUUGUAGCUGCCCUAAAUGCUCUGAAUAGAUUUUAGCACAACUUUGUUUGUCUUGCUUGUUGAAGGAAGCUCUUUUCUCUCAUGUGAAAUUUUUAGACGCUCAAGUUCAAGAAAGGUAUAUCCAUAUUUUUGAUUAAAAUAACUUUGAAGGAGUGUUUUCUCUUGAUGCCAAAAUUUCUAGGGGGCCUUUCUUGGGAAUAAUAUGGCAGUUUAGGGGGUAAAAUGUGAAAAAUCAAACUUCGGAAGAUCCUGGGGAAGUUAAAUAAAGGGACACUAAAAAUCUGAACUGAAUGAAAAGGUUAUAGUACCCGGAGUUCCAUUUUUUUUGUUAAUUCCUCUUUCAUUGUUUACUCUAAUACUACAUUACAGGUCUCCCAGUAACAGAAGAACAGCUCAAGGAGGCAGGUACCCUGUCUGGAGUCCUGAAUUUUCCUGAAGAUUUUCUGAAGCCUGAAUUUAGAGCCGAAUGCGAGUGUGUCAUACCAGAUAGUGACAAUAUUAGACCCCAUGAAUGCAGGGAUGCGUACAUGUAUUUGAAAAGUAACUUCCAGGUCUAA